AUGGAGGAUGGCGAAUAUGUCUUGCUAUAUCCGGAUGGCUCUCAAGUUAAAAAUAUACCAGGGACUGACACACCUUUUACGAUCGAAAAAUAUAAAGAGGCCAUUGGAAAGCCGUACCAAAGGCUCACACUUUAUAUCUGCACCCUUGAGGUCAUGAGUCACAGAAAUGACUCAGAUUCAGAGGACGAGGCGGAUGAUGAAGUUGUGGUGAGGGUGCCACCCAAUAUGUCGCCUCUUUCGGACACAGUGCUAUGGGAAAGCCUUGAAAGCAGCACACCGGAUUUGAGAUCGACAACAUCCCAGUCAAGCAGUGGACAAACCAAGAGUGAGUCAAGGCCCAAGCAGAUGACUACCUCAGUAGAUCAGCCCAGCACUUCAAGAGAAUUCUACAAUACAUACACAGAUAUAUAUGCACCUGUUGUAAUUGAGAGCAGUUCCUCAGAUUCUGGGGAAGAGGAGAAGUUCCAAGAGGAUCACAGUGAUGGACUGACAGCUGCAGACGUGGUCCUAAAUCUGUCACAGAAACUUGACACAAAGUCCUGUAGCAGAUUUAAUAUAAACCGGUCCAAUGUCUGGGAUGGUGCCAUUAGAGGGUUCAAGCGAUCCUCGUAUGACCCUAGCUACACUCUAAUGGUGAAAUUCACGGAUGAUGUAGGGUUGACCGAAGACGCUGUGGACACCGGUGGGCCUACCAGAGAAUUUCUUACCCUUUUGAUGGACUCCAUCAAGACAAGACAAGUAUUUUACGGCAAAGACAAUGCCAAAUACCUGUCAUUUGAUUGCAAAGCUGUAGAAGAGGAUGAAUACUUCCAGAUAGGAAGAAUGAUUGCCGUCUCCUGUGUCAAUGGUGGUCCAGGGCCUCGUUGUCUUUCCCCAAACCUCUUCCUCUACCUCAUUGGUAAAUCUAAGAUAAUUGAGGCUCCAAUUGAGGACAUACAUGAUGAGGAAGUGAAGAAGGCCCUCUUGGAGAUAAAGAGCACAACAUCACUUGGGGAACUCCGGGGUCUCACAGAAAAGCACUCAAGUAUGCUUCAGACAGCAGGCUGUUGUCGAUUUAUGAGGACUCUGGAGGAUCAGAAAAAAGUCGUCAAGGAUUACAUUCAGUGGUAUUUCAUCUACCGUAACCAUCAUUCCAUCCAGAGGUUUAAGGAAGGACUAGCGACGCUGGAUUUUAUUAACGCACUGGAACAGCAUCCUUCAUUGUUCUUCUCAUUCAUGUGCUACACGGAGACAAAACUGACUGCUGAUGUUUUGGAAAACAUCUUUCAGGUGGAGUUCAGUCCACCUGGUAGCACCAGGUGUCAGGAAGAGACCAGAGUACUGGGCUACUGGCGAGAUUAUCUGCUGUACGUUGAAGGUAUUGACUUCAAAAUUAUAAGACCUGCAGAAUCAUCAAUGCAUUAA